UCUCAAAGCUCACUAACUCAAGAAGUCAUGGGUCUUGCGGGUACGAAAGUGAAACAAAGGUUUGGUCUAGAUCCAAGAAACACAAAUUGGUCUAAUGACACAGCAAGAUUCGGACACCAGUACUUGUCCAAAAUGGGAUGGGCACCAGGAUCGGGUCUAGGAUUAGUAAAGGACUCGUUGACUACCCAUUUAAAGAUUCAUGUCAAAACUGACAAUGCAGGUCUUGGAGCUAAAUUGAAGAAAGCCGACAAAGACAAGACAUUGGAUGAGUGUAGUGGACUUGAUGCAUUUCAACGGAUUUUGGGAAGGUUGAAUGGUAACGAGGAGAAAGUCAAUAAUGUACUUGACAUGAAGCGGAAUGAUGCUAUUUUGAAUGGUAAAUGGGGGAUGAGAUUUGUCAAGGGAGAAGUUUUACUGAGCACUUGGGAUAAGGAUAGCAAGACUUUGAUAUCAUACAAGAAUUCGCAAGAGAGUAAGAAGCGAGAUUUUGCCGAAGUGGACGAGGGAAAUUUAGAGGAGAAUCUUCGAAGGAAGAAGACCAAAUUGGAAAGUGACAAAUCUGAUGAAGAUGAGACAAGGAGACUGGAACAAGAUAAGGACAGAAAGCGGAAGAGGAAGGAAAAGUUAGAUAGUGAACAAAAGGCUAAGAAGAAGACAAAGGAAAAGCAAGCCAAAAAGGAUAGAUCGGCUAAAGAGGAAAGGAGUAAGAAGAAAGCGAAGAAGGAUAAAGUGGAUAAAGGGGAGGAGAAGGAAAAGAAGGACAAGACAAAAAAGAAGGAUAAAAAAGAAAAGAAGGAAAAGAAGGAAAAGAAGGCAAGAAAAGAAAAGAAGGAGAGACGAAAUAAACCAUCCAAUCAAGAUAGCGACUCCAUCAAGGUGGUACUACGAGAGAAGCAAGACUUCGAUACGUCUACAUCUAUUGUGGACUCGCAACUGUCUCGAGACUCCACUCCAACCCCAAUUGCAUCCAGAUUGUCAGGAAGAGCUAAAUACAUUAAACAAAAGCGGGCAUCCGUCAUGGAUCCAAAGGCGUUGAAUGAGAUAUUUAUGAUUUCUAAAUAG